CGGCACAGCCCCCCAAUUCACGCCAGUUGUCUCAUGCUUUCCCCGUCGACCUGCGUCAAUUGAAUCGCCACCUCGAACCUUCAGCCCAACCGACUAUUUAAGCAUCCUCUCCUGGCACACUCGCCCUUAUGCCCUCCUACGGAUCGCUUCAUUCUCCGUCAUUGAGGAAAAUGGAAAACUCCAGGGCCCAGUACAGCCGCAGGCGCUUCAGCCUCGGAAAUAUCCUUGGCGACCCAUUUGCACUGGCGACCAUCUCGAUCGCAGCACUGGCCUGGGUCAUUUCCUUCUUCGGCUCAAUCUUCGCCCACAUUCAGACUCGCAGCAACUUUCCACUGUUCACAUGGUGGUCGGUCGUCUUCUACUUCUUCCUCAUUCUCGGCGUAUUCGUUGUGAUUGCCUCCGAUAGUACUCAGACCUACCAUGUUGCGAUUGUGGGGUAUCUCGGGUGCGGUCUCAUUCUAUCGACAUCGUCCGUCAAUGGUUUAAUCUACACCAAUAACGGUGCUAGGGAAGCAGCAGCCGCCGGCUUCAUUCUGUUGUCAAUGGUUACGAUCGUCUGGAUAUUCUACUUCGGCUCGGCUCCAUCGGCAGUUCCUCGUGCUUAUAUCGACUCGUUCGCUCUUGCCAAGGAGUCGCCCCCCAACCGCCAGACCAUGAACGGCGCUUACGGUGUGGGCCGGCCUGAGACCUCGACCUCAGUACAACCUCCGCAGAUGUACACGGCUCAGCUUAAUGGGCUGGAGAACCCGUCACCUGUCGGUGGCAUGAACGGCAUGCCUUCUACGAUGCGAAACUCGACGGUGGCUCCUGCAUUCUCCGCAACGCCGGCCCAGAAGACUACAGUCACGGCGCCACAAAGUGCCGACGGAGAGAUUGUGCCUCCCACCGAAUAUCCUUAUCGGGCGAAGGCCAUCUACAGCUACGAGGCCAACCCUGACGACGCGAACGAGAUUUCGUUUUCUAAACACGAGAUUCUUGAGGUCAGCGAUGUCAGCGGGAGAUGGUGGCAAGCACGGAAGGAGAACGGCGAGACGGGCAUUGCUCCCAGCAACUACCUCAUUCUGUUAUAGGGAUCCCGCCACAACGAGGCAGAGGGGUCUAAAGAAGUGCCCGAAAAGUUUCCGGCAUAAGUGCGAACAACGAAAAAACGG